GUGCAAUGUAUGGACGGCUCCUGUCCACCCACACUGCCUGUCUCGGAGUGCGGCGCGACAUGCGGGCCCCAGCGACCUUGUGAUAGCACACAACUAUGCUGCCCCACUGAAUGCGGUGGCUCCAUCUGUGUGGACCCUAUGACUAAACGACACUUCGUUAAUUACGUGAAGGACGGCAAAUGUUCGGAGCAGCCGCGGGGCACGUGGUCGUGUAGUCAUACCUGUACGACGGACGCCGACUGCCCGCGAGCACUCAAGUGCUGCCCAAACAGAUGCGGUGCCCUUACCUGCAGGAUGCCUUCAUUCCCUAACGUGCCUCUAGCUUCAUAAUAAUUAUAAAUGUGAAAGUUUAGAUGGAUGGAUGGAUGGAUGUUUGUUAGAGUUUGUA